AUGCAAAACGUUAGAUUAAGCAAGGCUUCAAGUCUUCAGCAGCCAACCGGAGAUUACUUUUCAAACACUAAGAGUAGUGAGGCUUGGAAUGGAGACAAGAAGCUUUAUAAAAUCAAUAAUUACGUGCCUCAGGACUCAAGUUCUUAUGGCAGUUCGGCCUCUUCCACGACUUUUACGCAAAAUUUUGAGGCAGCAGCUUCAGAGAUAACCAAAGGCAAGGACUUCGAAAUCCUUCUGAAACAGCAGGAAGAGCUGAGAGAUUUGCAGUCAAGUGUGCAAAAGUCUCUUCAGAUGGUCCAGAGAAGAAUCAAGGAGGGAAAUACUAGUCAAGAGAAUAAGAGAAACACGAAUAAUCUAACCAGGAUCUCUAAUGUUUCAUGGUUCAAAAAGAUGCCCUCUACUCCUGGUAAGGCUGGGCAACCCAAAACUAUGUUGCAAAGAUCAAAGAGUGGAACUGGGCUUUCGAGGGCAAAUUGAUUGAAUGAAAGAGCCAAGAACAGUCAGUCAUUUAUCCAAAACGCUACAGGAUAUGUGGAUUACUCAGAGAUGAUCAAUAAUUUGGAUUCCUUCUCAAAAGAGGUCACAACUCCUAAGAAAGUCCUCAAGAAACCAAUUUUUAAUCAUGAAGAAUCAGUCAGAAGGACAAGAGCUAUGAGAUCAAAUGCUGCUUCUAAAGAGCCUACUAGUCGAGGAUGUACUGUUAGUUCAGAAUUAGACAGCUCCUUCAAUUAUGGAAAAGUCUCUCAGAAAAAGAGAGGGCAAAACCAAUCGUUUGUGGGGCAUUACUCUAGGAAAGACCUCAAUAGAGAGACUUCUCAUCAAAAUCGAAAGACUAACAAAACCCCAUGCAGAAAUAAUUUCAAGGCACACUUCCGAAAACAGUUUAGAGGAAUUGGAAGAGAAGCUCCAAUCGGCCCUCAAGAAAAGAGGCUCAAGCUUGAUCUUCUCAAGGCAGGAAGGAAUAUCACUAUGAAACACCUCAAUAACUUAUGCACACGAUCUAGUCCUGAAACCAAGAAGGCAAUGCAGGUGUUCUGCAUGCUACUGAAUGUAUUCAAGCCAGAGGAUAGGAGGAUAAAAGUCUCUACCUACAUGAGUUGGAGUAGCUUGUGAAAAUACAUCUCCAAGCACAACACCUCAGUCAUGACUGAGGUGGUCAAUGCUGCUAAUAAUCUUGACAACGGCAGUUUUGACAAGCGCCUUAUGAAAGAUUUGGCUGAAGAGUUCCAAGAAAUUGAGCUCAGAGGAAAAAUAGACUCGUCAUUAAGGAUUCUAUAUUGAUAUCUGAAGGCAGCUAUUGAGUUUUAUGGCCAAAAGGAGAAUCCUAAUGAAGAGAAUGAGAGGAAAACUUAUUCAUCUGUUGUUGAAACCAAUGGAAACAAUAUUAACAAUAGAUCAGUUACUAGAAGGAUGCUUGGCAACAUUAACGUAUCCAAAGGAAUUAGGAACAAGAAGGAAGCUUCUCAAUCCAAACAAGGAGAAAAUAGACUCCAUUUGGAGGAUAAAUCGUGCAGUUAUCACAAGACAAACAUUUCAUCUGAAAGGGGAAAUAGCAGCAUCAACACAGUUAAAAUGAAGCCUGUUAAAACCAUAAAUUCUGGCCUAUACAAGAAAUCAGGGGCCAAAAAGUUGUUUUCAAGUCUUUUGAAUAAGUCAAAAACGGCUUUAAAAAUUGAGAGAAGAAAGGAUUUCCAUUUAAAAGGAGAAACUAACAACAAGGUAGAUUCAGGAGAAGCUUCUCCCACCAAGACCUCUAAGCCAUUGAUGACGAGGAUAAACCCAAAGCUUGCACAGAUGCAGAGUGAUUCUUCCUCAAAGCUCCAUGAUAAACAAUGAGCCAAUGAGUCACCUAUGAAGGAAGUUCAGAAAUCAGUGAAUACCUAUAAUUUUUCCCUACUGAAAGUAGAUUCUGUGACUAAGAUAAUCACAGAGGACUCUUUUGAGGACAAGAGUAGCAAUUUCUAUGAGACUCCUAAGUCUAUCUUUGAGACGGUUGAAAAUCCUCAGCAGUCGCUUGACAUUCAUUGCCAAUUUUUCCAACAUUUAUCACCUAAAUCACAUCAAAAACUGUGUGUUUUGGACCAUUGCGAUUCUAGCAGAACACUUGGAAAGUCAAUUUUUGGAAGAGAAACAGGAACACAAAAUGCAAGUGAGUAUGAACAGGAGCUGAAUGUGAAACCUGAGAAAUUGGAUACCAUUCAGUACUCAGAGAGUGAAUCUAGUUAUUCUGAGUUGAAUAUUGAGCUACAACAAUGUGACAAGGCUAGUGAUAGUUCUAUGAAUGCCACACAGAGAGAGGAGAAUGAAGAAGGUUUGAGUGAACAAGUAAUUAAUAAAGAGAUCACUAUUACCAAAAAUAUUACCAAACCUCAGCUCCCUUCUGAACAUAUCACAAUUGUCCAAAGAAUACCUACAGAGAGGAGAGCCCAGAUGGCUCCUAAGGUGACUGGGAGGAACGAUUUGAAGUCUAACAGAUGGGAUAGCACCAAUAAGACUUUUGAUUUGGAUAUGAGCCUGUCGACGUUUACACCUAAGCCUGAGAAGGAACUGGGAGAGAGGAUUCAUGAUCUCUAUUCCAGCCCCGAACACCUACGUAAAAAGAGAAGACUUGAAAUCAUUGAAAGAUUAGACAACUUGCUUUAAGCAGCAACCUCACUAAAUUUCAACUAAAUUACUCAAUUUCAACUAA